UUUUCUUCUCUAGGCAGCAAUUCUUUCUGUCCUCAUCUUUGUGGAAUUUCAGUCGAUCGCUGAUAAAUACGAGGCAGGAGCGCAUACUUAUGCUGAACAUCUGAAGAAUGUUGCUGAAAGGGUCACACACUACCAGAACUUUUUCAAGGAAUUCGUCAAGUACUCAUCACGAGCGAAUCAGAGCAGCAAAAGCAUGCAGAAAGCGCUCGAACUGACACUGGGUAUUCCGCAGCGCGUCCGUGAUCUCGUCUACACAAAUAAUAUUCUGCAGUAUCCUGGCGAUACAAACAAACUUGGACCCCUAAUAAGACACGAUUCGUUCGAGGUUUCUGAAGGAGAAGAAGCAAGCAAGGAGUGCUACGUGUUCCUCUUUAAGAAUAAGUUGAUGAUCACUCAGAAGAAUGACACAUCGACGCCCACCACCUACACACACUUGGCAACUAUCAGGCUGAACAAGUAUACGGUAAGCACCCAUCCAUUGCAUGAGAACACCAUCAUUCUUAAACCAUGCGAACCUGGUUUACCGAGUUUCAGUCUUACAUCCAAGGAUCCGUCAUCAUCAGAAUAUGUUAAGAAGGCGUGGCUUAAGGAUAUCACAGAGGAAAAGGAGGCAUACGGUAUUGUUGUUCUUGCUUUGAUUGAACAACCUAUAAAAAGUGGGGAAGAACGAGCUGCGGAACGCGAAAACGAAACAGAGACCACUUCCGAAUACGAUGUUCAUCUGAGUGAUAUGCGUUCUGAAUUCAGCGAAUAUUCAGGAUCAAGGAUUUUCAUCGGUGGUGGUCCAGAAGAAGGUGGUCCACCACGAAAGAAAGUGAAAUCGCCACCAGCGAUUUCACCAACCGGCUCGUCGACCAGUAUAUAUUCCGGUGGAAGCAGUAGUGUUGACUGGACGACCACCGGCACCACGCUUGAGAUGCAAGGCACACGGGUGACACGAACUCAGUACGGAUUCCGCACUCUCCAGGAGUCAUCGGCAAAGAUGUGCUUGAAAGUGACAGGAUAUCCAUUGCCAGACAUCACAUGGUACAAGGACGAUGUACAACUACAUGAAGAUCAGAGGCACACAUUCUAUUCUGACGAAGAUGGUUUUUUCGCGUUGACAAUCGAUCCAGUCCAGGUAGAAGACACCGGACGUUACACUUGCAUGGCGACGAACGAAUACGGUCAAGCGUCAACGUCUGCGUUUUUCCGAGUGUUGAAGGUAGAGAAGGAAGCCGCACCACCGAAAUUCAUCAAUGCGUUAAAGGAUCGUGAGUGUAAAGAAGGAGAAGUUAUUAGUUUCGAAUGUGAGGUGGAAGGUUGGCCAGAACCAGAGUUGGUAUGGCUUGUAGAUGACCAACCACUUCGACCAUCCCAAGACUUUAAGAUUGAAUACGACGGAAUGAACGCAAAACUCGAAAUUAGAGAUGCGCAACCGGACGACACGGGUGUCUACUGCGUGAAAAUUCAGAACGAAUUCGGAACUGCAGAAUGUAAAGCCGAGUUGGUAGUCAUUCCUGAUCCAGACAAGAACCAUGUCGCACCAGAUUUCCAGGCUGUUCUCGAAGAUGUAGAAUGUAACGAAGGUGAUGAGGUUCGAUUCAAGUCGGUAAUCACUGGUGAUCCUAAUCCUGAAAUCACUUGGAUGAUCAACGGAAUUCCUCUUAGCGAAUCUGAGAAGGUUCAAUUUAUAUCUGAAGACGGUAUCUGCAUUCUUACAAUCAAAGAUGUGACCAGGCACUUUGAUGGCACGGUAACUUGUCAGGGUUCGAAUCGGCUCGGUACGACCAGUUGCAAUGGCCGUCUGAAAGUCCGAGUGCCACCAACACCACCGACGUUCGCGAAGCCGUUAGACGAUAGAGUAACUCAGGAGAAUGCAGUGGUCUCAUUCGAAGUCGAUGUUCUUGGUUAUCCAGAACCAGAAGUGACAUUCACGUUAAAACGAAAAGAGCUUAAACAUGGCGUUGAUGGUGUGGAGAUCGCUGGUGCUGAUGGCUAUUAUAAGGUGAUCAUCUCCGGCUGCAAGGUGGAUGAACACGAUGGCGAGAUCGUGUGCAGAGCGGUGAAUGAACAUGGUUCAGCCGAAAGUCGUGCACGGCUAACUGUGGAGCCAAUGGAGGAGUCACGUAGUGCACCAACAUUCAUCAAGGACAUUGAGGAUCAAGUCAUCAAUCAUGAUCACAAGCUGACAAUCGAUUCUGCACAGUAUGCUGGAACUAUUCUCUGCAGAGCUGAGAACGUAGCCGGUCGGUUUGAGACAAAAGCUCGUCUAACUGUACUCCCUCAAGAAAAGCCGAAGAAAGCGCCUCGCUUCACCGAAUUACUCAGCGAUCGGUCAGACGUCCAAGGAAGCACAGUUGUUUUUGAGGCUCAUGUUGAAGCUGAGCCUAAACCUGAUGUUAUGUGGUUCUUGAAGAAUGUGGAACUAAAGAGUUCUGAGAACAUUGUAAUCCGUGAAUUCGAUGGUUCAGUGAAGCUAGAAUUACGAGGAAUUAAGCUGGAUGAUGCGGGUGAAGUCCGAUGUCAAGCAUCGAACUCCGAGGGAUCGGCCAUCUCAGCAGCUCAACUCAUCGUCACUCGAACACCAUUUCCGCCAUCGUUCGACAAACAACCAGUUAGCGUCACAGUUGAAAGAGGAUCCGAAGCACGGUUUGAGGCCCAUGCCGAAUCCAUCCCGGCUCCCACAUACCAGUGGUCAAUUGAUGGUAGAAAGAUUCGUGAUAGUACUGAGGGAUGUCGCUUAGAAAUGGUGGAUGAAAUGUCGGUACUAAUCGUUGAUACGAAUAUCCAUUCAAUCUCAUCUACCAUCUCUGUAGUCGCUGAGAACAAUCUCGGAUCAGACGAGACUGGCGCUCGUCUUAUCGUUGAAGAAAAGAAGGUAACCGAACAAAAGAUAGAAGUAUCUCGAACAGAAACCCAGAUUGUAACCUCUCAAGAAGGUAGCAUUGAAAUGUCACAGAUCGAAGUCGCUCCUACCAAAUCGCUUGUGACUGAGGAGGUAGUGAAGGAGGAACACUAUGAGGAGACCAAAGUAGCAAAAGAACCUAUCCAGGAAGUAAUUACUGCCACCGAACAAGUUUCUGAGCAGUUACGGGCCACUCUAAUUGGCACAGAAGUGAAGGAAACAGCUGGAAUGGAGGAGAGCAUUGCGAAAGACGAUGUUCAAAAAAUGCAGACUGAACCAACCAAGCCUCCAAAAGUCACUCGAGAUCUCAAAGAUCAGACAGUCAUCAAAGGCGAACCUUGCUGUUUCGAUGUUGUUGUCGAGAACGCAACAGAAGUGAAGUGGUAUCACAAUGGCAGGGAAUUGACGACACUUCUUGAAGGUGUUAAAAUCAGCCAAGAAACGAAAUACGAAUUCAAUUUAUCGAUUGAUUCAUCAAUGUUUUCAACGGGUACGAUCAGUGUAAGGGCAAUAAAUGAAGCCGGGUCGGUGGAAACUAAGUGUGAGAUGAAGAUUGUUGAGAAACCUGACUUAGUCGAUAAGCUUCCCAAUGUCUCUGUGACAUUGGGCGAACCUUUCAAAGUUGAAGUGUCCGCCAAAGGUUCCCCACAGUUCAAGUGGAUGAUCAAUGGAGAGACCCUCGAGGAUGGAAAAGAUGGUGUGCACAUCGUUAGCGAUCAUAUCGAGUCCUCAUCUCAAAUCACACUUAUCCAAAAAUCAAGUGCUCCUCAAAUUGUUGAGGGCCCGCAGAAUAUUACCAUCAAAGAGAAGGAAACGGCGGAGUUCAAGGUGAAAAUCAUCGGCCAUCCCGAACCCACUGUCAAGUGGGCGAUUAAUGAUAAAUUGGUGGGGGAGAGUAGCACUAUGGUUAUCUCACGUAGUGCGAACGACUAUUUGCUGCGGAUUAGCGAUGUCAGCGCUUCCAGUGCUGGUACGGUAAAGGUGACGGCAGAGAAUACGAUGGGAAGUGAUUCAAGGACGGCCGAUCUUAAGGUGGAACCAUCAUUAGUUCCUCUGGAGUUUAAAAAGCAGUUGACUGACGUCAGUGUCAAGGAAGAAGAUUCGUUGAAGCUAGAAGUGGCUUUGGAAAAAGCACAGCCUAACACUAUCACGAAAUGGUACAUAAACGGAAAAGAACUGCAGGAAUCUCCCGAGGUGCAGAUGACCGAUGUUGGUGAUGGCACUUAUCGCUUGACGAUUCAACACGUGAAAAAAAACCAAGCUGGCACAGUGACCGUGAAGGCAAUGAACCCAGUAGGGGAGUGUGAAUGUACUUCGAAGAUAACAGUCGACAAAGGAACGAAAAAGCCUGAAUUCACAAAGACACCUCAAAAUCACGAAGCUUACACUGAUGACGAUAGCGUGAAAUUUAGUGCAAUCGUUGUAGGAACACCUACUCCUACUGUCACUUGGUAUCUGAACAACAGGAAAAUUGAGAAUAGCGAAGAGAUCAAAGUUAAAUUCGAAGAAGACACCGGAAAAACGUCAAUUCGAAUCUACCAACCGCAAAUAUCACAGAGUGGCACCGUUCGAGUGGUGGCAGAGAAUAGCGCUGGUAGCGCUGAAGCUACCGCCAUCCUUAAGGUCGACCGAAGGAUGGAAGUGCCGAGAUUCGUCAGUAAUAUGGAUGAUCGACAAGUUAAUGAAGGUGAUACCGUCAUAUACACGUCAACAGUGGAGGGUUACCCUGAACCCACUGUAACAUGGUUGCUGAACGGCGAACCAGUUAGCAAGCAUGCCAACAUCACCGUUUCCGACGAAGCUGGUAAGCAUACUAUUGAAAUUAAAGGGAUCAUUCCUGAACAAGCUGGCGAACUCUCAUGUCAGGCAUCAAACAAUAGCGGCAUGAAAAAGCAAAACGUAACGUUAGCAGUGAAGCGAACUGGUGAAGCUCCGCUUUUCUCAAAGAAUCUCGAUGAUCUUCUCGUUACCGAGGGUGAAGUGACCAUAAUGGAAGCCAAACUCAGCCAGGUGAAACCAAAGCCGAAUGUGAUAUGGCUGCGCGAUGGGAAGCCGUUCAGCAGCGAUGAUCACUUCCAGUUGAGCGAAUCGGAUGAUGGUACGCUACAGUUGAAGAUCGUUUCCACGAAAAUGGAAGACAAAUCAAGGAUUACGAUUAGGGCCGAGAACUAUUUCGGAUCUGCUGAGGGUGAUUCGCUUCAUACGAGACUGCUGAUUACUGGUGAUCCAACUCCGUUUGUCAAGUGGUACAUCAAUAAUCAGUUGGUUUGUGAGACCGAAGACACGGAGAUCAAGAAUGUGGAUGGAGUCUAUUCACUCACUAUUCAUGGAACUACAGCCGAUAUGACAGGAAAGAUCAGAUGUGUUGCAUACAAUAAAAUGGGCGAGGUAUCAACCGAAGGUCCGUUGGAGGUGGUUGCACCGAUCCCGGUUGAGUUCGAAACCUCAUUGUGUGACGCCACAUGCCGUGAAGGAGACACACUUAAACUUAAGGCGGUGUUACUUGGAGAACCGACACCUGUCGUGUCCUGGUAUGUGAAUGGUAAAAAGUUGGAGGAGUCGCAAAAUAUUAAGAUCCAUUCUGAAAAAGGCACGGCCUCGAGUGAAGCCAUGCUACUAGUGCUACCAAGAGGAGAACCACCAGACUUCCUUGAAUGGCUCAGCAACGUUAGGGCCCGACAAGGCUCGAAAGUCGUGCAUAAAGUGGUGUUCACUGGUGACCCAAAACCAACGCUCACUUGGUAUAUCAACAACAAAGAAGUCCAGAAUUCAAGUGAAAUAUCUAUCGUUACUGACGAUAAGAACUCCAUUCUGACUAUCCACAAUUUUAAUCCGGAAAAACAUGUCGGUGAAAUUAUCUGUAAGGCAGAGAACGAUGCCGGUGAAGUGUCAUGCACAGCCAAUAUGGUCACCUAUACUAGUGACAUGUUCAGUGAAAGCGAAUCAGAAGCACAAGCCGAAGAGGUGAUUGGGGACGAUAUGACGUUGACUGAGGACGAAUCACUUCGCGAAGAGAUUCAACGAACGCCAACACCAGUGAUGGCACCAAAAUUCAUUACGAAAAUCAAGGAUUCACGAGCGAAACGAGGUCACGAAGCAAUUUUCGAAUGUGUCGUUCCCGACACGAAAGGCGUAUGCUGCAAAUGGCUCAAAGAUGGUAAAGAAAUCGAACUGAUUGCGCGUAUUCGUGUCCAGAGUCGAACAGUUGAAGGGUACACAACUCAGGAGUUGAUCAUCGAUGACGUUCGCCCAGAAGAUGCUGGCAUAUACACGGUGAUCGUAGAGAACAACGCCGGUCGGGUACAGUGUGAGGCGACCUUGACCGUAGUCGAGGCAAUAGAGAAAACGUUGGAGUGUCCACCUGAAUUCAUUGUAAAAUUACAAGAUAAGACUACGAAAAUUCAUGACAGAGUCAAUUUCGAGUGUAAAGUUGUCGGAGAGCCACAGCCAAACAUGAGACAUCAAGGUAAAUAUACAUGUGUAGCAGAGAAUAGUGCAGGAUCAAGUCGAACGGAAGCGACACUCAACGUUGAAGGUGAAUUUUUUCAUCGUUGUUUGUAUUUGCACUUCGCGUAUGGUGUGUUAUGUCCUUCAACUAACUGCAUUACAGCACUCGCACCCAAAUUCACAAAGUCGCUUACGGACCAAUCGAUAUCGAUCGGCGAUCAAUUGAUUCUAUUCUGUUCGGUGAACGGCAUACCGAAACCGAAUGUGGAAUUCUUCCAUGAGGAUAUCCGCGUGAUAUCAUCGGAUAGAAUAUCAGUCGAGCAUGAUGUGACAAAUACACAUUGGAGAAUGCUGAUCCGUGAAAGCCAGCGAGAAGAUUUUGGCAAAUAUCGUGCAAUUGCGAAGAACACCGUCGGAACAGCGAUUUCUGAAAGCUCAGUAAGUAUGAAGAUGGUAAUCCCAACGAUCGAACAAGAACUGAAGAACACAACAGUUAGCGAGAAAGAGGAGCUCCGAAUGGAAGUGAAGGUGUCCGGUACACAACCCGUUGUGUUAUGGUAUAAAGAUAACCAAUCAAUCAGCCAAGACGACGUUUAUGAAAUCAUAAGUAAUGUUGACACGAGGUCGUAUUGUCUCAUAAUAAAGGAGACUCAUAUAAGUCAUACUGGAAGAUACACGGCGAAAGCUACGAACGAUGCGGGAAUUGCAGAAAGCUCAGCAAACGUGGAAGUUAUGCCUAUAUUAGAAAGACCGUCUUUCAUUAAGAAACUCAUUUCGACAGAAGUGAAUAUGAACGACACUGUGGUCCUAAAUGUAGCUGUGAAAGGUCAACCACCUCCUGUAGUAUCCUGGAAAAAAGAUGGUCGCCCACUGAUAAUCGACAACACUCACAUCAUUUUGAAAAGCGAAGGAGAGGGAAUUUUCACAUUAACGAUUUCGGCUGUAGGACCUGAUGAUGCAGGAAGGUAUAGCUGUGAAGCAAUUAAUACGGCUGGAGCUGAAGAAUGUGCAGCAAAUGUCACAGUCAGCAAAAGCCUUGAACAGCCCAGAUUCAUCGAAACUCUGAAACAAGUCAUAAUCAAGGAGUCUGAAACAAUAUCGCUUUCGGCAGCGGUAAUUGGGAAACCUCAGCCAAAAGUGCAAUGGUUUAAGGACGGUAUUGCUGUUAAUUUUGAUGAUGUUCAUGUAUUCGUUUCAGAGCAGGAUAUCGGCCACUUCAUUCUUACCGUUAAGGAUGCCACACCGGCAGAUGAGGGUACAUAUUCAUGCAUAGCACGUAAUGAGGCCGGCGAAGCUCGUACUGAAGCUACGGUACAUGUUACAAAAGAGAAUGUCGCUCCGCAGUUUUUGGAAAUGCUGAGGGAUGUACAAGUGAAAGAAACUGAGACGAUAAAUCUGUCCGUCACCGUAACAGGAUCACCCGCACCUAAGGUGACAUGGUUCAAAGAUGACGUGCCGAUCGAAGUCGAUAACGUCCAC